GUAGCCUAUACAUAGGCCUAUACCGGUAUUUUUAAGCUCAUUACUUCAAAUCUUCACAUAUGUAGCAAAGACUCGAAGGGUAGCCUAUAUAAAGUUCCUCGAAUUCAUGGAUAUAUCCGCGCAUUAUUUAUGAUGAUCGUCCUGAAAGACCGAAAAUACAGAUGACAAUUCCCGAAAAAGGUAGCAAUGCAUUCAAGAAUACGACCUUAUCCUAUGUUGUUCUCGCCACAAAUUCCACCGUCGUCAAUGAGGAGCCAUCGGCCUUCACCACUGUGUUAGAAUGCCUUGGUGUCGCAGCCAUUUUAAUCGCCGCUGUAUACGGCUUCAUCAGAGUAUGCGGUCCAAGGAUAAGACACAUGCCUGGCUAUGACUGCCAGAGUAUCUGCGAGUGCUGCGGGGGCGGAAUACGUGACUUCUUCCUCUGGAUCCGUGAUGCCUGCCGGAACUGCUUCCAAGGCGUAUUUACGGAGACUGGCACGCGAGAUGCGCAUAACAGGAGAGUGCAGAAUGGAAGGGUCAGAAGGAGAGCAGAAAGAAGCUCAUCCCUGGAACUGCCAGUAACUGUAAGAGUUGAGGUAAGGCGGCCAUCUGUGGAAGAACCGCUGACGAACCAUGCCCAAGACCUUUCUCGGCGGCAUUCCAUCGGCGACCCAGGCGCACCACCUCCCAUGUACGCUGAGUUGACGGUUAAGGGCGACCUAGAUAGGAUCCCGUCUUAUGAAGAAGCGAUUGAAAAUCUUGGCCAGCCGAAGCUCUCAAGUUAUGAAACUUCUUUGAGAUUCAAGAACCAACCAUGAACAAAAAAUCCUUCAGACUCUGGACGGCGAGAAACCAGGGAUGGACUUCUGCGAUUUAUAGGCGUUCAAAUCUGGACAAUUCAUCAGUUGAUGAGAUCCUCUUUGCGCAAGACGAUUUAUCGGCGGUGUGCGACAAUCGGGCCUAAAGACUCCAUCGCGACGUCACCAAUUCCAUGAACCUUGAUUUGCUAUUGACGCCGAUUGACACUGUACAUAGAUUGAAUAUACAUGU